UCUCGUGAUUUUUGGCUGUCGAUGUAAUUAGUCACAUUAAAAGUUUGUUUUAUAAUUUGUAUCCCUGCUAUAAUCCCGAUACGUGGGAAGACUACACACUUGGAGUACAUGCACGAUCCUUAUUUACAACUCAAGGAUCGCGCUUUUGUUUAGCUACGCCAGCUUUAUGGCUCAUGCUGCUCCGAUCGAAUAAUUGAAGAGUAGGGGUAUUGUCCACCUGUCGGGACAUUGUUUGGAUUGUAUAAGCUUCAUGUAACCAAGCAAUACGUGUAGGAAGGCACGGCAUGGGUCGAUAACAUACAACUUGGCGCUCGGGGAAUUUGCCACAAUCGGGCUUUGGAACACGUAAGGAGAUUUGGACUCGUGGAUGUGCCGUGAGCUUUAGCAUGGACGGAGUUCUUAUUGGUUUAUUGCCCAGAAUGAUGGAGCGAUGAUGUAAAUGGAAUCUUAGUGCGAGUCUUAUGUUUUCAUCUUGGAGAUGGAUUCUACAGAGAGGUACUCAUGUGUAGCAGCAGGCAGGGCAAGACACACCUCUAAAAUACAGACGUCCGUCUCCUACGAGCAUCUUGACCGUGAUGCGAUCAGCUCCUCCCGACAAGAAGCAGCUAGGCAUCGUUCUCAUCACAUUAGAUCUACCUCCCUGCCUAAGAUAGCAACGGGACGCAGCGCACACAGCGCUAAGAAGCUAUGGCAGGAUUAUGAGAUCAUUGAAGUCAAGGCAAAGGUGCAAAGAGAGAACGAGAAAACACCAGAGGUACCGCCGCUACGAGUCCCCAAGAAUCCCCACAGCCUGUAUAAACACACCAUCAGAAACGUUAAGCCCUUCCACAUCCUUCAUAGCCCAUCAGACUACGGCCGGGCGGACCAUCAACUCAGGCAGCUGUAUGCACAAGUAACAUACCUCUCCAACGCUGUGAGAAAUUGUGACGGUACGACUAGCUACAGGGGCAUGUGUAAAAGCAGACAGAGCUACAGGGCUACAGAUGGAGACAAUCCUUUACGCCUUCACUGGGCCUCCUCGAACGAUAAGAAACCGGUACCCCGCCUCCUCUUGCCAGUCAUGCCAGGGACCAACACCAAGUGGUACUCAUGGAAAGUGGACACACCUAGAGAGGAGGGCUCCCCCAGGGGUGGGGGAGUCGGCAGGGGAAGUGAUAAGCGGUAUGCCUCUUCGGCUCCAGUUUCCAGAAGUUUGGACUUUAUUGAGAGAUAUAGUAAGAAACAUCGUGUGGUCUUUUCAAUUGAUGACGAAGGAGGGAGGAGGUCCAAAAACAGCAAGGAGAUGGACAGCAAAUCCAAAGACGGCCAUCUUAGUGUCAAGAGCAUCGGGGCAACAGAGUCACUAGCAUCCAGCUCCUUGUCCUCAAUCGUCAAAUACGAUGCAAAUAAGUUCAAGCUGAGUGAAACGGAAAGUGUUGUAGGUACAGCAGUUUUUCUGACACAGAGCGAGACGGGGAAAGUGCCACCGGAGGUCCAGAGAAAACAAGGUGAUGUCUCGACUGGAAGUCAAGGUGGCAUCAAGGAGCCUAUAAAAACAGAAGAUGCAGCUACUGACCAAAAAGAGAAGAGAACAUCUGAAGGUGAACAUUUCAGCAAUGCCAAAGAAGAGGCUGUUGUACAAUUUGAAGCAAAACAAACUGAGGCAAUAGAAGCAGUGCCAGAGGAUAGUCCUGGAGAUGAGUUGGACAUUGUUGCAAAAGCAAAUGAAGUUGGCACAGAAGUAUCGCAUGAACCUCAUCAAGCUUCAAACGCAGUGACAGACACCAACCAGCAACAGGGUGACAGCGUGUCCCAGCAGCAUGAAGUUGACAUGGCAACCAAUGUCCAAACAGAGGCUCCCAUCACAGAGGACCAGCAUAAAGAAGUUGAAGAAACCUCAGAUAAGGAAGACAACUUGCAGAGUCAGGACGGUACCCCGGUCACUAUAGAGAGCAGUACAGGUAACCCUGAAAGUGACUCGCUUGACAAUCAACAUACAGUGCAAAGCACUGAUGAAGCAAAACAUGGCAACAGUGCAAUACCUGGCAAUAGUGACAAUGAGCAAUACAACAUUCCAAACUCAGGAAAUGGACAUUCCGAAGAGGAACAGCGGCCAAGUGAGGAUAGUAAUCUACUAGAGGAUGAUCAGCUUCUUGGGCUAGAUAUACCUCAAACAGAAGAUAGCCUCGAUGCACAUGAGGCUGAUGAGGUACAUAAGGUUGAAGAGGUACAUGAGGCUGGUGAGGUACAUGAAGCUGGUGAGGUACAUGAGGCUGGUGAAGAGGCUAGUGAGGUAGGGGAAGUUGCAGAGGUACAUGAUGCUAGUGAGGUACAUGAUGCUAGUGAGGUACAUGGGGUUGAAGAGGUACAUGAGGCUGGUGAGGUACAUGAGGCUGGUGAGGUACAUGAGGCUGGUGAAGAGGCUAGUGAGGUAGGGGAGGUUGCAGAGGUACAUGAUGCUAGUGAGGUACAUGAUGCUAGUGAGGUACAUGGGGUUGAAGAGGUACAUGAGGCUGGUGAGGUACAUGACGCUGGUGAGGUACACGAGGAGAAACAGGUGUAUGAGGCCAAUAAUAACACACAAGAGGAUGAAACUACAUAUACCUCUCAAGAUACAUAGAAAAUAUUGAGGUGUAAUCAAACAAUCAGUUCUGCAAUAAAUGUACUUUUUUUACCUUUUAAUACAAACUAACUUUUAUCAAUACCAAAUUUAGAAUACAAUAACAUUAACAAACAAGUUUCCCUGAAUUUGCAAGUAAAUAUAAGAAACAGAUGGCUUUCAUUAGAAAAAAAUAAAGAUUUUUUUGUAAAAUUAAUGCAUAGAAGCUGGUAGAAUAGAGUAAGUAAAUAUCACUGACAUAUUUUACCCAAAUCAAACAUUCUUUGUUUGUAUUAACAAUGUUGUGCCUUAAUUUUUGUAAUCAGUAAUGCAGGAAUAAACUUAAAAGAAAUCUCUCAGGAUUCUGUUGGCCUUGACUUGGCUUCGGUUCCCACUUUAAAAUGGGGCAACAGGAACGUUUUUAAAGAGUUCUUUUCCUCAGGACAAAUGAUCGAAAGACAUUCCAGGCUUGUAAUGAUUUCAAUACUAAGAUCUUAAAUGGGCUUCAUUGUGAGAAUAAGUGCAAGAUUGAGCAAUACUUAAAAUUGAAAAGAAGAUGGCUGAGAGUACAAUAAGUCAAUCACAAACUUCUGUGUUUCAUAGUAGGUGUGGCUUUUGACUAAAGCCCGUUCAUACUUCCUGCGAAUGCGCUACGAAUGUUGACGUCACAAAUUCGCCUCGGAAAAUUCGCAGCAGUUGCC